UAGCUAUAUUAUGAGGUAAAACCAACUAGUGAAUGAAAUAAUUUUGUUGAUUGGUUGUUAAAUUAUUCUGCCGGAGUUAUUGAGGUGUUUUUCACACCAAAAAUUCAAUACAGCUCACUAGUCAUCUUCAUCUGUUAAAAGCAAAAUAUUCUACUUAAUGUCUUCAAACUGAUAAAUAUAUUAUAUGUUUCUUCACAGACUGACUUCAGUUGUAAAUUUUUAUUGGAAUAACCUUCCAAUGACUCUCAUGUUCAUUUGAGUUUGUUUAAUUUGGAGGAAAACCCUUCAUCUCUGAAUAAUGGAUAACAAAGAACAGAGCAGAUUGUGUGAUGAAGAAAAAAUUAAAGGUAAUGAUGAAUACAAGGCAAAGAAUUUUGACGAAGCUCUGAAACAUUAUGAGAUUGCUUUGGAGUAUGAUCCUAAUAAUAUAACAGUAAUUAAUAACAAGGCAGCAGUGUUUCUUGAUCAAGGAAAAUACCAGGAAUGUGUAGAACUUUGCAAAAAUGCUUUGAAGUUGGACCCCAAAAAUAAGGUUGAUAGAAAAACUUUAGCAAAAACAUAUUACCGUUUGGCUAAAGCAUAUGAAAAACUGAACGAUUUAGAGAAUUCCCUGAAGUUUUAUGACUAUUCUAUUAUAGAAGACAGAAAUCCUGCAGUGAUAAAAAUUGCUCAGAAGAUGGAACUGGACCUCGAAGAACAACACAAAAAUGCUUACAUCAAUUUUGAUAUUUCUGAAGAAGAAAAUCAAAAAGGAAACCAGUGUUUCAAAGAGAAAGAUUACAACAACGCUCUCAAUCAUUAUACUGAGGCAAUUAAGAGAAGUCCUAACGAUGUCAGACGACAUUACAACCGAGCUCUCUGCUACCUGAAGAUGCAAGAGUAUACACUAUCAUUGCAAGAUGCAGAAUCCUGUUCUAGGAUUGAUCCUACUUACAUUCAAGCCUAUCUUAUCAAGGGCAAGCUAUUUCAGAAGAUGAGGGCCUUUUCAAAAGCCCAUCUAGAAUAUGAAAAGGCCUUAGAUAUUGACAGUAACUGUGAGGAAGCUUUAAAAGGAUACAAGAUCAGUUCUGAAGAAGCUGGACUGGACACAACUGCUCCAGAGGUUGUCCAAAGGCGUAUACAGAGAAACCCUGAAUUGAGAGCCAUUCUAAGGGAACCAGAAAUAAGCAAAAUACUUUAUGACAUGCAAAAUAAUCCAAACUCUAUGGCAAUGUAUAUGAAAGAUCCAGAAAUACGCAAAAAGAUUGACAAACUGAUUGCAUGUGGUUUACUCACGAUUGAUCCAGUAAUGGGAGAGGAAUGUUAAAGUAACAAUUUUUUGGUACUGGAAAUUCACUUGCUAUUUUUUCUCUUUCUUAUCCUCCUGCUUAUCCCUGCUUUGACCCUUCUUCUCCCCGCCUUUUUUAUUGUAAGGAUUCACUGAUUUUGUAUGAAAUCUUCAGUUCAUAUUCAUAAAAUGCUUGGUUAUAUUUUCAGAAAAUAAUGUGAAAAAGAUUGUUUAGCAAACAUGUUCUUGUCCAUAAUAGAGUUAUCCAUGUAUAUUUUGGUGAGUUUAACACAGUAUUUGUCACCAAAAUACCAAAGAUUCAGAAGACAGAAGCUGGAGAAGAAGAAUCAGUGAAAAUCAUGUCUCGCAACUGGAUUAUGGAAUGCUAAUAUCCACACAAUGCCAAACUAAAAGGAUUAUUUUACAAUACUAGAUUGAUACACAUAUCACAUGCAUAUUCUACUGGAUUAAAAUAUAUCUCAGAACUCCACAUUAAAGGAAAUUCUUCCUAAGAUGAGAUUGUAGAGGACUUCACAAUAUUAUUUCAAGCAGUACCUUACAACAUUGGAUGGAGUUGUAGCACUUUAUUGUGAAUCAACAUAUUCUAUACAACAAUUGAUCAAGGAGUACUUCAUUGUACAACAUUGCAUCAGCACUGACUAAAUACAUUCCACACAAAACUGGAUCAAGGAGUACUUUGUAGCAGCUGUAUGGAUAUAUUUUACACAUCACUGGACCAGGGAGUAUUUCACACAUAUCACUAUAACAUCUCCCUUUCUCCUCACAAUCUUGAGUUAACAUCUCUCACUUAUCACCACUAUAUGACUCCACUCCUCAAACAUGGUUUUUAGGUCUCUAAUUGAAAAAUUAUAGAACACUAUAACGGAUUUAUGAUAAAUACAACUGUAUAAAUAAAUUUUUAUUUAUAGUUGUUGGUGUUUAGUUACAUCCCUUGACUUUAUGGGCUCAAAUCCUGCUGAGUCAGCCUUUUCUUUCCAUUCUUCAGGAAUCAAUCACAUUAUAUACCAGUCAAGUACUGGAGGGGAAUGUAUGGGUAUAUAAAGGAGUUAUACCAACUACCAUACCCUACACUUUGUAGCAAAAUAUACAUAAAAUAAUUAUCAUUUAUAAAUCAUUUGUAAAUUUCUGCAAUUUUAAUGUAUCCCUUUAAGUUGUGAGUUCAAACCAUCCCAGAGACGACUCUGCCUUUUAUCCUUCUUGGAGACAUCAGUAUCAUUAAAUGCAGCCACUGUUCAAAUCUAUAGCCUAUGUUAUGACUAAAUAUUAUUUGUACAUUUCA